UUUCUAGCACCCGGAGCGCCUUUACUGAUCCCCGAAGAGUGUAGUGCCGAGAACAACAGCGUCACCGUUGCCUGGCAGCCGCCACCUGGGCACGGAAUUAUAGGCUGUGCCGGACAGAGGGGCCCAGCUAUCGAGGGAUAUCUUUUGGAGUUGGACGACGGCUGCGGCGGGGAGUUUAGGGAGGUGUAUUGUGGACGCGAGACUAUCUGCACUGUGGAUGGGCUGCACUUCAACUCACUCUAUAAUGCCAGGGUGCGGGCCUUUAACAGUGCCGGCGAGGGCGAGUACUCGGAACUGAUCGGCCUUCAGACCGCGGAGGUGGCGUGGUUUUCGUGGGCCACCGGCGCGGCCGGCAUACCGCAGGAGGUGUCCAUAUCGGAGGACGCGAUGAGCGCGUCCUGCGAGGGCUACGAGCACCGCGUGGUCCUCUCGAGCGUCGGCUUCUCGCGGGGCGUCCACUACUGGGAGCUGACUAUCGAUCGAUAUCACAGUGACACCGAUCCGGCCUUUGGUAUCGCCCGGGCCGACGUGUCGCGUGAUCAGAUGCUAGGUAAGGACGACAAAGGCUGGAGCAUGUACAUAGAUCGGCAACGGUCGUGGUUCAUGCACGGUGGCGGUCACGCGCAGCGCACUGAGGGAGGCGUUCAACAGGGCUCGACCGUCGGUGUCCUCCUCGACCUGGAUACCACGCACACAUUGCGCUUCUUCGUCAACGAUCAGCCGCAGGGCGGUGUCGCGUUCCGCGAUCUCUACGGCGUCUUUUAUCCGGCGAUAAGCCUUAAUCGCGGCGUCACCGUAACCCUCCACACCGCCCUGGAUGUACCGCGUCAUUUGCUCGCGCUCCACGAGGAGUAUGUUAGCGAUAUAGUUCAAAGCUAGGGGUAUCUCAAUGUCCUCAAGAAGGGCCUGCCGCAGGAGAUCGGCUCGCCCUUAGGCUCUUCCGUUUGCAUCGGUAACAGGUGCAGGGACUAUGAGUCGGGCCAGCUGCUGGAGAAGAUUGUCGAGGAGAGUCCGGUUGAUGUUAAUUGAUGAAUAGAUCGCUAUCAGAAUGCCUAAUAUUAUCGUUCAUUGUGUCUCGGUUUUCUAUUAUCUCGCUCGGUUCGACGGUAACCGGGAAUCGCUCCCAAAUGUCUCCACGAUAUCGACGUGAACUUUGACUUUUUCGCCAAAUUGUGCGGCGACACGAAAGUGGUUCGAUUUUCUCGGGGACACAGGGCACAUAAUAUUCCCUCCGAAUACUUUGCGAUAUUUUUCAAUUACUCGAAAAUAUAUUUUGCGAGUACAGCGAGUACAUUUUAUAUCAUAUCUGAAUUAUUAGAAAUAUGAGUUUUUGAUCUUUUAUAUAUACGAUUCAGAAAUAUAUUGUCCCCGAGAGUGUUAAUCCGAGUAAAACUCGUCUCGCGCUACUUGUCUGAAUAUAAGCGGGAUCCACGAGAAAUGACAAUUCAACAGAUCCGGAAAUUUCGGUGAGAAGAUUUCGACGAGGGAGGCGCAAAUCGUGGAGUUUUUUGGAUCCGGCUUGUUUGAGAAACUGAAACUUAGAAUCGAGACUCUAAUUGGAAUCGGGAUUAUUUUUCCCUUUCGUUCGCACGAUCAAUAAUCCCACUAAAUCAGAGAUCAUCGAGAUAAUAUUUCAAUCGAGACACAGAUAUUGCAAAUAUAUAAGACAGUAUAAAAUUACUCGAAGAGUGAGAAAGCACUUUAUUUUGAAGACUUAAUGAGACUGAAGUAAUUUACGCACACACGUCAUGCAAUCCAUAAAUAAUAUCUCCCUCGUGAGGAGGUCAAGAGAGCCGAGAUAAAGUUCCCUCCGUUCAAGAUCAGUACACUUUCUAUUUAUAGCGCGCGCUAUAUAAAAGCGAAGCAAAGAAAAUAUUUUUUCCUACACGUUUCCUGAAUACGUUUCUCCGUUCGUCUCGGAAGAUUACUUCGGCGAAGACUUAACGCACUUCUCAGAGUUCGAUGCUUCCGUAAUCAGUCAACUAACUCUUUGACACUCUGCGCGCUAUACAACUGACUACAAUCUAGGAAUUUAUGUACUGGUCGGAGAAAUUACCGGAUACUUAAUCGAAACUGGAAGAGUUGACCCUUGGAAGCAAGGAAACGUCCAUUAGCAAAUAGCCAAGUAUCGUCGCCGACAAACUUCUGUGUUUGAGUAAGAGCGAUCAAUCGGUCGGUUCGAGAG